AUGGCGCUUGAUAAGACCCUCGAAUCGAUCCUAUGUAGAGAAUGCUCUCAUCUUGGAACAUCGUUCACCUCUCGUGGUGCAUCAUGGGUGCUUGCGCAGCCUAGCGGCUUAGCUCUGUUCGCCAAGAUCAACAGCUCGGUCGAACAGACGCUUGGAGAAGCGGAGAGUCUGAAAGCAUUGGGUGCCGCAUUGAGUAGUGGUAGUGACAAGGGUGGGGUUGAGGAGAGGCUGACACCAGAAGUUCAUGCCUCGGGCAAAUUGCAAGAUGGACGAGCCUAUUUGAUCACAGACUACCUUGAUCUGAGGCCUUGGAUUAAUAAGUCUGGCCAAAAGGUGCUGGGCAGGAGACUAGCAGAGAUGCACAAGAGGGGGGUUAAUGAAGAUGGUCGUUUCGGGUUCGAUGUUGCGACUUACUGUGGUGUGACUCGACAAGACAACAGCUGGAACACUUCAUGGCCCAAGUUCUGGGCGGAUCAAAGGAUUGGCGAUCUUGUCAACCGGAUUUGCGCGGACCAGAACGAUAACGAGCUCAAGGAUCUUGAGAAGCAAAUGCGGGGCAAAGUAUAUCGGGUCCUACUCGCGCCGCUUGAGGGCAAGGUGAAGCCUAGCAUUCUGCACGGAGACUUGUGGUCCGCCAAUGCUGGAACAGUAAAUAACACUGGCGGCCCAGCCAUCUUUGAGUAA